AUGUCCGUGGCGCCGUCGCUGCGCGGUGCCGCCAAGGCCGCGCGGCGCCACCCGUCGGGGCGAGGCGGAGGGAGGCGCCGCGCCGGGGUCGUCCUGCUCCUCGCGAUGGCCUACGCGGCGGGGCUGCUCAUGUUCGUCCUCGGAGGCGGAGGCCCCGUCGACGUCGGCGGCGGCGGCGUCACGGUGGCGUCGUUUCGGCGGCGGGGCGCGCCCGCGCGGUCCCCGCCGCCGCCACCGCCCGGGUCGGUGUACCGCAGCCACAUCGUGUUCGAGCGGCUCUGGCCCGACAUACGCGACGACGCCGCGCCCGCGUCCACCGCCACCGCCGCCUUCGCUUCCUCCCUCUCCACGCCCUCUUCAUGGCGCCGCAGCAUGUUAACUACACCACGUUAUCCGGAUUCUGGAGAGCUAUGGAUGCCUUGUGUCAAAAGGAGGCUGAUUCCAUCAGAGUUGCCGCCUUCAAAUGGGUAUCUCAUAGUUGAAGCAAAUGGUGGUCUCAAUCAACAGCGUCUUUCUAUCUGCGAUGCAGUUGCUGUGGCCAGCUUGCUUAAUGCAACUCUUGUGAUCCCAGUAUUUCAUUUGAAUAGCGUUUGGCGUGAUCCUAGCAAAUUUAGUGAUAUUUUUGACGAAGAUCGUUUUAUCGAGACACUCAGACAACAUGUAAGAGUGGUGAAGGAACUCCCUAAAGAUGUUUUGCUGCGCUUCAAUCAUAAUAUCAGCAGCAUACCAAAUAUGAGAACUAAAGCCUACUCAUCUCCAGAUCACUAUCUGCAGAAGGUGUUACCGAAAUUACUGGAGUUAGGGGUUGUGCGCAUCGCCCCAUUCUCCAAUAGAUUGGCUCAGUCAGUUCCAUCGAAUAUCCAGGCCUUAAGAUGUUUGGUGAACUACCAGGCACUGCGAUUUGCCGAGCCAAUAAGAGUUCUUGCAGAGGACAUGGUUGUCCGAAUGAUGAAAAAGAGUUCUUCGACUGGUGGGAAAUAUGUCUCGGUGCAUCUCCGUUUCGAAGAGGAUAUGGUAGCUUUUUCAUGCUGUACAUAUGAUGGUGGCCCGAAGGAAAAGAUUGAAAUGGAAAAUGCCCGUGAAAGGAGCUGGAGAGGGAAGUUUCACCGACCUGGUCGAGUUAUCAAUCCUGAGGCAAACAGAAGGGAUGGAAAAUGCCCACUUACUCCUCUAGAGGUUGGUAUGAUGCUGCGAGGCAUGGGAUUUGACAAUACAACCUUCCUCUAUGUAGCUUCUGGCAAAAUAUACAAUGCUGCAAAAUACAUGGCUCCCCUUCGCCAGAUGUUCCCUCUUUUAGAGACCAAGGACACGCUUGCUUUGCCUGAAGAACUUGCUGAGUUUAAGGGGUACUCAUCUCGGUUAGCAGCAUUAGAUUACACUGUCUCUGUUCAGAGCGAGGUAUUUGUGACGACUCAAGGGGGGAACUUCCCUCACUUUCUCAUGGGGCACAGGCGUUACCUGUUAGGAGGGAACGCGAAGACAAUAAAACCUGACAAACGGAAGCUGGUCUUAUCCUUUGACGAUCCGAAUAUCAGAUGGAGUCGAUUCAAGCGUCAGAUGCAGGAUAUACUACACCACAGUGACGUAAGGGGCAUUGCAUUCAGGAAACCUAACGACUCCAUAUACACCUUCCCCAUGCCUGAUUGCAUGUGUCAGCAAGAUGGAACAUAAAGCUCAAAUGCUUCAGUCUUCUUGCCUUUUUGCACCGAAGGCAUGGCAUCAUGGGUUGUACAAAUUACAAUGAAUAAUUGACGGUCAUGAUCAAAGCUGUAGAGAAUUUAAGCAUUUGAGCUUCAUAUGAGAUACCCUCUCGCAUGACUCGAGCCAUUCAAUGCUGGAUCGAAUGUUCAGAUAGCGUCUAAUUGCAAGAAUUCCAGAGGAGCAGCAAUGGAGAGGACCUGAGGGAUUCUGUAUACUUGUAGGUAGUCCACAGUAUAGCAAUCACCAUUUGUUAGUUCUAUCUGUCGGUUGUAAAGAAGAGAGAGUUGGGUAAUUGGGUUGUAGAUACGAACACAACCUGACUGCCUCAAUGUAUAUCCAAAAACAAGGGCUAACAACCAACUUCAAAGAAAGGAAUUUUUCAGCA